CGGCGAUAGGGUUGUGCAACCCUGCAUCCCAUAAAUACAGCCUCACCCUCCUUGAGAAGCCUCCUCAGGCCCAGCUCCCAAGGGAGCCUCUCGUCCUCUCCAGCAUCAGAGCCCAGCUGCUGGCUGCCAUGGGGACCCACUGCCUGCUGCUGCUCACCCUCUGCUUCCUCUCCUUCCAGAUGGCCCCAGGGCGAGGGCUCACGAGUCUUGGCCACAGACCAGACCAUUACCAGUGUGUGAAGAAUGGGGGAUUCUGUCUCUACUCCUCUUGCCCCAUGUACUCCAGCAUCAUCGGCACCUGCUACAAAGGGAAAGCCAAGUGCUGCGCCUGAGCCGGAGCAGGCGGAGAGAGCACAGAAGCCAGCUGGAGGGUUUUAAAUGCUUGUUUUAAUAAAGAAAAGCGUGUUGGGGAAGCACCUUCUUGUACCAAA